UUUUUUUUUCUCUAUCUAUUAGAUUCCUGUGAACUGAGAAUCAACACAAACACAGUAAAUAAAAACAUCAAAUUGUCUGAAGACAACAGGAAGAUGACCUGGUUGAAGGAGGUUCAGUCAUAUCCUAAUCAUCCAGACAGAUUUGUUGAGUGGCCUCAGCUGCUGUGCAGAGAUGCCCUGACUGGUCGAUGUUACUGGGAGGUCCAAAAGAAGGGCAGAGUUGAGAUAUCGGUGAGUUACAGAGGAAUCGGAAGGAAAGGAGACAAGAAAGACUGUGCCUUUGGGAAGAAUGAACAGUCCUGGAGUCUGGAGUGUUUUGAAGGUGGUCGGUAUUCUGUCAGACAUGGUAGGAGAAAACUAUCCUAUUCCAUCUCCUCUUCCUCAGUCUCUAAUGGAGCAGCAGUUUAUGUGGACUGUCCUGCUGGGACUGUGUCCUUCUACAGUGUCUCCUCUGACGGACUGAAGCAUCUCCACACCUUCAACACCAACUUCACUGAACCUCUUUAUCCUGGAUUUGGGUUCUGGCCCGAUUCUUCUGUGACUUUGGGUUCAGCUUAGUAAUUCAUUGAACUGAAAGUCCAGUCUGUACUAGGGAUGUUAACAAUUAAUUGAUUUUAGAUUAAUUGUCAAUAAGAAAUUACUCGAUUAAAUUAAUCAAUUAACAGUUAA